CGAUGCGUUUUGAGUGCUUUUCCGAAUAUUUUAUGUUUUCAACGACCACUGCUUUGUUUCUUACGGACUCCGAACCCGUCUACGUUGUACGACCCUUGCUUUCAUAUUGGACACCGAAGAUUGCCUGCAAGUUUGACUUGGAACUGUUAAUUUGGAUUUUGUCGCUAGCUUGUGGAUUGGAUAUUGUUGAAACGAUGGAUCGCUGUGUGAAUUGCGGGAUAGUAACUAGUCACUGCAAUACAUUAGGGCGACGACCAUUAAAUGAUGAAAAUAUUCUAUCAGUGAUUCGGCAAUGGCUUGCACCUCAGUCUGUAAGUAGUAAUGACCAUGUUUGUCAAGCGUGUUGGGAUUUGGCUCAAAACCCACGGGCUCUUAACCAGGGAAGACUACUAGGACACCGCAACAUUUGUCUCCGCUGCGGACGCUCUCUAGCUGCACGAGUUAGUCAUGCACUUCACACCAACUCAAUUCGUGAAUCUAGAAUUUAUAAUGUCAUAAAAGAAUGGAUUAUUCCUCGAACUAUUCAAGCAACAAGUCACAUAUGUCAUACAUGUUGGGUGGCUGCAGACAGAGCUUCUGUCCACAUGACCUCAGGCCCAUCAACAUCAUCCCGACAAGACACUCUUCAAAUAGUAGACCCACAACAACCAGAUCUUCCUAAUGUGUCUCCAAAUGUAGGAGUUAGCAGCAACCAACCAGUACCUUCUAUUGUUUUGUCCGAGUACAUGAGAGCCGUUGAAACUGAAAGAAGGUGCUUCAUUGAAGGAUGCCAAAGAACAGAGAGAUACAGAGUACCACUUACUACUCGUAAAAUGUUGUUCAAUGAAUAUAAAUAUUACAUCCCUGAAAAUAACCGUCUUUGUGAUCAACAUUUGGUUAUCGAAGCAUGGGAUUUUCUGGAUAGUUUGAGAUCCAAUUAUGUUCAGACAUUUACUGAGAGACAUAUAUAUGAUAUGAUGUCUCUAAAAGAAGUUGAAAGUACUUCACUACUUCAAUUCGAAAAUAUUGGUGAAAUGGAGGACCAUGUUGUUCACAUAUGGACUGGGUUAAAUAAAGAGCAGUUUAACCAGAUGUUUGCUGAAGUUCCUGAAUUAUCAGAAAUCUCAAAAGCAGCCGUAGCUCUGGCCGCUUAUCUCAUGAAGCUUAGAACUGGAGAUUCAAAUGAAAGGUUGGCAAGUUUAUUAAAAGUAUCUAGGACAACUCUUGAAAAGUGGAUUUAUCAAGUAAGAGAACUACUUACUGAGCAUUUUGUACCCAGAAAUCUUGGUUUAAACCACCAGAACAGACAACAAUUGGUACAGAAAAAUCUCGCAAUACCUAAGGCUUUGUUUGGAAGCUUUGAGGGAGUUGACACCCCAAUAGCAAUUUUUGAUGGAACAUAUUGCUAUGUCGAAAAGAGUUCCAAUUACUUAUACCAAAAAAAAACAUACAGCCUGCAUAAGUACAGGAAUCUUAUGAAACCAUUCUUGAUAGUGUGUACGGAUGGAUAUAUAAUAGAUGUUUUGGGUCCAUACCCAGCCACAACAUCCGAUGCUGACAUAAUGAAGAAAGAAUUUCAACAUGGAAGGCCUCUACGUGAAUAUUUCCAGGAAGGUGAUGCCUUUAUAUUAGAUAGAGGGUUCCGUGACUCGAUUUCUUUAUUGAACCAGUGUGGUUAUAGAACUUACGUGCCUGCUUCAUUGGAGGAGGGUGAAACGCAAUUGUCAACUAUUGAGGCAAAUAAAUCAAGAGCAGUCACCAUAUGCCGUUGGGUUGUUGAAGUUGUGAAUGGCAGAUUCAAAAGAGAUUUUAAAUUGUUACGGCAAAAUUAUUUUAAUAUAGCCAGUAAAAGUUUCAUGAAAGAUUUUGAGGUGGCUGCUUGUCUCUUAAAUAAGUUUCACCCACCUAUAUUUGAUCGUGAAGAUGCUCAAGAAAUAAUACAAGAAAUAGAAAGGUACAUGAAUACAGAAAAUGAGUUAGCCAGUUUUAUUAUUAGUAAUAAUUAUAAUAGGCGUCGGGCUAAUUUUGAAACAAUAACUGUACAUAGUGAUAAUUUAAACGAUUUUCCUCAGCUUUCUGAAAGCGAACUUAUAUUAAUUUCAUUAGGUACAUACCAAAUUAAGCAGGCACGAUCAUAUUACGGAGAACAUAUGAGACAAAAUGACGGUUUUGUUAUUGAAGUGUGCAGGGAGGUUGCCAAUAGCCUACUUCGAGAGUUGUCGGCUUCUAACACAUCUUGGCUACUCAGGGGUCGUAUAUUAUCACGACAUAUAAGUCGGAAAACAUAUUAUAUUUAUAUUUUAGUCGACAGCUCUCGUAGAGGAAGAGAAGCCAUUGUACAGCAUUAUUGCAACUGUAUUGUAGGUAGACGAACAGUAGGCUGCUGUGCUCACAUAAUGUCCAUUAUAUGGUACCUUAGCUGGGCAAGGUACCGCAAUAUUGUACCCCCUGCACAAUUCUUAGACGACAUUUUAAUUAUUAUUGAAGAGGAAUAAA